CCAAAGGCAACAAGGGAUGAUUCGAAAAAAAAACCGGGGGGAACAAGUGGUUGGAAAAUACUCCGUAGAAGGAAAGAAAUGAUUUUCUAGUGUGCGAAAAGAGACAAAACGAUUUGAUUACCGAAAUAAUGCCUAUUUUUAAUGUUUAUAAAUAUAUCGCAUAUAACGUCUGAUUCAGGUCGUUGUCUCUCUCUCUCUCUCUCUCUCUCUCUCUCUCCUAGCCAUAGAAAUCUGAUUGUAAAUCCUGCCGUUUUCCUUGCAGAAACGAAGUUGACAUCUGGGUUUUAACCAACGAAUGAGAAGAAGACGAUGUUGUGUUCACCAGCAAGAACUGGGAGAGAUCGCCAACGGUACGAGGAUCAAUUCAGGCUUGUGGCAGGGUGUAUUCCUUACAGAUUUGAGAAAGUUGAUGAUAAUUUUUGCGAUAUAGAGAAGAGAUUACUCGUCCUAAUGAUUUCUUCACCAAAUCGUGACAAUCUUGUUUUCCCAAAGGGUGGAUGGGAGGAUGAUGAAUCCGUUACUGAAGCUGCAUGUCGAGAGGCCUUGGAGGAAGCUGGAGUCAAGGGAAUAUUACGUGAAGAACCUCUGGGAGAUUGGGAGUUUAGAAGCAAGAGCACGCAAAACAGCUGCAGUGUAGGAGGAGGUUGCAGAGGGUAUAUGUUUGCGUUAGAGGUGACUGAAGAACUGGACUGUUGGCCGGAACAGGAUACUUAUGAGAGGAAAUGGCUUACCAAAGACGACGCCUUCAAAUUUUGCCGGUAUGAUUGGAUGCGGGAUGCCCUAAAAAGACUUAUAACAGUGUUGUCAGAGGGCGAGACAGAAGGAGGAGAAGAAGAAGAAGAAGAAGAAGAAGAAACAAGGGAAGACCAGGCGGCUGAAUUUUCUCCUCCUAUAUUGUCAAUUUCAGAUGCUCGAGCUCAUCAAAAGCUGUCACCCGUCUGUUUCGGGACGCCCUCUAGUGGCGUCCAACACCUUGACGAUUCUUGUAGUAAAUGCAUUGUGCUCGGUUAAUUAGUCCCGUAAUUUUCCAGUCCAAGUUGGGCUGGGUUUUCAUGUGUUUGUAGUCGUUAAUUGUUUGAAAUGCCAGUGAAGCUUGUUCUUUCUCUCCCUCUCUCUCUUCUCUCUCCUACUCACUGUGAUCCUUCCUGUGUUAUGGUAGAGUUUAUGGUAGAGUUCUGUAAACUGAUGUCUGAAUGAAGGUUGUAUCCUUUCACCUGUAAAUAUUAGUGGAUUAUUAUUGUUGAUAUCAUGGUGUCCAAACGAAUGCCAGAAUGAGUUAAUGAAUGAUAACUUGUUCAUAGUGUAUAAA